GGAGCCCCGCGGGGCGGCCGGCGGGCCAUGGCGGUGCCGGCGGCGGUGCUGCUGCUGCUGCUGCUGCUCGCUCUGCUCGUGCCCCUGGCGGGGCUGGUGCUGGGCACCGUGCUGCUCGGACUGCCCAGCUACGACAUCCCGGCCGGGGUGAACCAGCCUGCCAAGCUGCGUCUGGUGCUGGCCGUCCUGCUGGGCACGGCGGCCCUGGGAAGGAUUUUGGAGAAGACAGGACUUUGCAGCCAAAUCACUUUUGGCCGAUACGUGCGCCAGGGACGGAGGCUGAGGGUGGACCCGAAGCUGUUUAUCCAGGAUCUGCAGUUUAACAAAGUACCUGUGAGGGUGUACCAGCCAAAAGCCACAUGUCACGGGCGAAGGAGAGCUAUCCUCUUCUUUCAUGGAGGAGGAUGGGUGUUUGGAAGUCUCGAUACCUAUGAAAAAGUGUGCCGCUACUUAUCCAGAGAAAGUGAAUCCGUAGUUGUAUCUGUUCAGUAUCGUUUAGCUCCUGAGCACAAAUACCCUGCUGCAUAUGAAGAUUGUCUUAAUGCUACCGUACACUUUAUGAGGAGUACAGAGCACUAUGGGGUGGAUCCUGCCCAGAUCAGUGUCUGUGGGGACAGUGCUGGGGGCAAUCUAGCUGCUGCUGUUAGCCAGACCCUGGCAGGUAGAGCAGACCUCCCCAGGCUGCGUGCUCAGAUCCUGAUCUACCCAGGCCUUCAGGCACUGGACUUCAAUUUGCCAUCCUAUCAUCAGAAUCGGGGAGUUCCUCUCUUAUUCCGGGAACGCGCUGCUUUCUUUGCUUUGCAGUACUUAAACGGGGAUGCAUCACAUAUGCAGGAGGUCCUGAAGGGCUCUCAUAUCCCUCCAGAUAUGAGGCAGAAGUACAGGAAGUGGGUGAGUCCAGAUAACAUCCCUGAAGAGUUUAAAGUCAGAGGAGUGAAGCCACUUAACCCCUCCAAUUUUAUGGCUGAAGUUUAUGAGACGGUGAAGCGGUUCUGUGAGCCCAACCUGUGCCCCCUGCUAGCUGAAGAUGCUGUUGUUCAGUCCUUCAUCUUGACUUGUGAGUAUGAUGUACUAAGAGAUGACGGCUUGCUGUACAAGAAGAGGUUGGAGGACAAUGGAGUCCGAGUGACCUGGUGCCACCUCGAGGAUGGGUUCCAUGGAAUCAUAAGCCUGUAUGAUUAUGAACCCAGCCCCACUACUGGAGUGACAGUCACUGAGCAGCCAGGAAAGACAGCGCUGGUGAGACAAAGAAAUACGAGUGAACCAAAAAAAGAUGGAGAGGAUUGGUGGAAAGUUCAACCAAAGUACUCGACUAAAGUUCUCAUUGGAAACUGGCUGGAAGAGAGAAAAAGGUUUAUAAAACCCUGUGGGAAACUUGGCUGCAGCGUGUACAGCACAGACUUCACUCACUUCCCAGAUCACAAACCAGAGCGAACACUAAGAGCAACCAUGAUGAAGAAGUACGAGGGCCUGCCAGCACAGCACUUCUUCACACACCACGAGGAACCGAGGAGCCGACAUUUAGUGUCAGAGUAUGAGGAUAACUACAACAGACAUGGUUAUGUUCCCUUUCUGCCUCCCCUCCGCAGCUGGAACGGACGCAAGUUUGCAUGGGUUCCUCAGAAAUCAGACUUCCCCAUUCUUGAACCACCCACCAACUACGGACUUCUUGAGCACCUGAAGAGAAAAUGGCACAGGAAAGAAGCUGGAGUGAUGAACAGCAUCUACACCAUUUCCUAUGAAAAGCCACCAGUGUCAGCUUUUGCUCCAUGCCAGUUCAGACGCGCAGCUAAACCUCACGGCCUCUCCUCCAGGAGGGGACAGCUUCCCCAUGUUAGCAGAAUCCUGGACUAUGAAGGGGGUCAGAGAUACCUGCAAGCCCUCAGCCAACUAGUGAGAGACACAAAGGCAAGAGCUGCCUCCAUGUAAACAGCUUAGUGUGAUCUUAAGCACUACUUAAUACAGCUUGUUGCUGAUGGA